AUGCAACUCUACAGGGGAUUUGGAAAACAAGGUUUCCAGUGCCAAGUGUGCUGUUUUGUGGUCCACAAAAGGUGCCAUGAGUUUGUUUCGUUCUCCUGUCCAGGAGCCGACAAGGGCCCUGACACUGAUGAUCCCAGAAGCAAGCACAAGUUCAAGAUCCACAGCUACGGCAGUCCCACCUUCUGCGACCACUGCGGAUCGCUGCUGUACGGCCUCAUCCACCAGGGGAUGAAAUGCGACACCUGUGACAUGAACGUUCAUAAACAGUGUGUGAUGAACGUGCCAAGUCUGUGCGGGACCGACCACACCGAACGCAGAGGAAGACUCUUCCUCAAGAUCGAGGUCAGCGGAGACAGACUCCACGUCACAGUGGGUGAGGCCAGAAAUCUGAUUCCCAUGGACCCCAAUGGUCUGUCAGACCCGUAUGUUAAGCUCAAACUCAUCCCAGACCCCAAGAAUGAGACCAAACAGAAGACCCGGACCAUCCGCUCCUCGCUCAACCCCACCUGGAACGAGUCCUUCAUCUUUAAGUUAAAGCCAUCGGAUAAGGAGCGCCGUCUGUCCGUGGAGGUGUGGGAUUGGGACAGAACCACCCGUAAUGACUUCAUGGGCUCCAUGUCCUUUGGUGUGUCUGAGCUGAUCAAAGCUACUGUAUGCGGCUGGUAUAAGAUGUUAAACCAGGAGGAGGGUGAGUACUACAACGUGCCCAUCCCAGAGGAGAAUGACAUUAACCUGGAGCUGCGGCAGAAGUUUGAGGCCUAUCAGUUCAAUAUCCACCUGCUGAAGAAAGCCAAGUUCGGUCCUGGGAAGAAAGUCAUCACUCCCACUGAUCACCGACGCUUCAGUUUACCAUCCGGAAACAUGAACAGAGUUCAACUCAGUGACUUCCAUUUCCUGGCUCUUCUGGGCAAAGGCAGUUUUGGGAAGGUGAUGUUGGCAGAGAUGAAGUCCACUGAGGAGCUGUAUGCCAUUAAAAUCCUGAAGAAGGAUGUGGUGAUCCAGGAUGAUGAUGUGGAGUGCACUAUGGUGGAGAAGCGAGUGCUGGCCCAGAGAGAGAAGCCACCUUUCCUCACCCAGCUGCACUCCUGCUUCCAGACUGUGCCAGAGCCUGCUCAAUUCAUGCCUGCCAAGAAAGAGCCUCUUUACAAUAUGGCUGCCACUCAAGAGCUUCUUCACAACAUGGCCGCCAAGCCAGAGUCUCAUCACAACAUGGCCAUCACUCAAGAGUCUCUUCACGUCAUGGCCGCCACGCCUGAGUCUUCAGCCAAAAUGGCUGCCACGACAGUGCCUCGCCAUGCCACGGCCGCCACGCCACAGCCUCCUCGCGUCACCACCACUUUGCCAGAGCCUCUCCACACUCUGCCCGUGUUGGCGGUUGCCAUCUUGAGUGUUAGGGCUCAACAUUGCGCUCCAGAGGCCUCUCCUGUCCAUGAAUCCGCUCCAGAGCCUGCUCAAGUUCAGGAAUCCGCUCCAGAGCCCGCUCAGGUCCACAAAUCCACUCCAGAGCCUACUCAAGCCCUAGAGCUCAGUCCUGUGUUGGCACCAGCCUGUGAGUUUCCUGCCUGUCCUGUUUUGACCACAGUGGUCACAUGUGAACCCUCUGCCAGUCCUGCCAUGGCUAAAGAGGCCGACUCUGAACUCGCAGUUUGCCCUGUCACGUCCGAGGAGGCCUUCCCUGAAUUCUCUGCUUGUCCUGCCAUGGCCAAGGAGGCUGUCAUCCAUAGUUCCACAAUCUGCCAUUGCUCCACAGUCCAGGCCUGCCAUUGCCCUCUGUUCCACGGCCCAGGCCUGCCACUGCUCCAUGCUUCAAGCUUGCCACUGCUUCAUGGCCCAGGCCCUCCACUAUUCUAUGCAGCAGAGAUUGCUGUCGGACUCUUCUUUCUUCAUAGGAAGGGAAUUAUUUACAGAGAUUUGAAGUUGGAUAACGUGAUGUUGGACUCCGAGGGCCACAUCAAGAUUGCAGACUUCGGCAUGUGUAAGGAAAACAUGUUUGAGGGCAUGGCAACACGCACCUUCUGUGGAACGCCAGAUUACAUCGCCCCGGAGAUAAUUGCCUAUCAGCCGUACGGUAAAUCGGUGGACUGGUGGGCAUACGGUGUGCUCCUCUAUGAGAUGCUGGCUGGGCAGCCUCCAUUUGAUGGCGAGGACGAGGAUGAGCUGUUUCAGUCCAUAAUGGAGCACAACGUGUCCUACCCCAAAUCCCUGUCUAAAGAAGCAGUGUCCAUCUGUAAAGGGCUGAUGACGAAGCAUCCAUCCAAGCGUCUAGGUUGCUGUCCAGAGGGUGAGCGAGAUAUAAAGGAGCAAGCUUUCUUCCGCAGAAUCGACUGGGAACGGUUGGCCAACAGAGAGAUCCAGCCUCCUUUCAAACCCAAAGUGUGCGGCAAAGCAGCGGAGAACUUCGACAAAUUCUUCACCCGCACGCAGCCCAUGCUGACCCCUCCAGACCAACUGGUCAUCGCCAACAUCGACCAGAGCGAAUUCGCUGGAUUCUCUUACAUAAACCCAGAGUUCAUCCACCCAUCGUCGCUUCACAGUGUGGUAUGAGACAGCCCGAUGAAGAAGAGGACCGCCCGUCCUGCUCAAACUAACAACCACAUCCCUGUUAUUUAUGAGCUCACCAAAUCUUUGUAGACAGUUGAAUACCCUUUAUCUGAACUGAGGAGGGCUGGAGAAGGGGGUUUGAUGGCUGAAUGGAAAUAAUAUUCUAAAGCAUGUGUCCACAUUCAGACUUUGUUGCCAGUUUUUAAUGGAGCUGGUGUAAGAUCUGUUCCAUAGACUGAUGAGCAUUUUAAGGCACCACAGACUCGUUCCUGACAAAUUAUGCUUUUAUGAGGUUCCAUCUCAGUUAGGAUGCUGCUUGUGUAGGCAGUAGACAGAAAGGCAGCUCUCUAGGCUUUGAAACAGAGUGAUAAUGUCCUCAUAGUAAUGACAGUUCAUCGAUUGCCUGUAUGCAGAUAGAUGUUAUGUGCAGGUUCAGUAUAUUUGACAGAACACAGAAGGUGGAGAUAUUGAACGAUCCCUUUUUCCAGUCCUCAGAUUCUUUGUGUGUGAAGCAUGCUGACAUGAAACAGGUUUUUGUGUCCUAUUCCUUUUAUCCUCUACUGCCAUUUCUACUGUUCCUGAAUUAUAUAUUUGUAAAUCUAAAAAAAAUAUCUUGUUAUAGGAGUGCCAAAAUAUUACUGCAUCAAAAGGUUUUUUAUAUCCAGUUCUAUAUAUGCAUAUUGAUUUCCUACUAGAUCUCUUGGUGGUGUCCCUUAUCUUGGGCUGAAACUUGAACCCUUAUUGCUCCUCGAGUUUUAGCAUGACAACUUCCAAUCCCGUCACUGCCUGCUCGCCUGGUCUUGACAUAUUCAACAUAUACACAACUUUUCAUCUCGCUCUAAAUGUAUGAAUUGUGAUUCUGAGUGAUUCCUCGUUGCAAAUACGCAGGCCUUACACACCCGCAGAAUCCUGCAGAUCACCUGUCCUAUACUCAUCCGCUUGCAUGUUUGUUUUUAUUAAAUACUUUGGAUAAUCUAAUAACACUGUUUCAUUGAACAUAUUUUACCUUGUUUAAAUCCAUCCUGCAGAUUUGUGUUUUUCAUGUUCAGCACAAAAAAGUCUGCGGAUUCUGCCUGGGCCUGAUAAUAAGUAUCCAGUGCAACAUUUCAAACCAGACUGAGUCACUUCUGUUAGAAAUGGAUAUAUGGUUUUGGGUUUAAAACCUGCAUAUUAUGCUAAAGAAAUCUACCACUGCUACAACAUAAAGAAUAUGUAACGAGACAAAAAAAGAUGCUGUACUUUAAACUGUAGGGGGUGAGUCUCCGAAACCUGUCAAAACCUUGUCUAGGACAUAUUUCCCCCCAGAAAAUC